CACCACACAGAAGCCCCGAGCCCAUCGCUGCUGCCCCCAUCAGCGUUACCGCUGGAUGUAUUAAACAACGCGGUCGCCGGGUUUAGCACCGUGGAAGAACUUAUCCGGUACCUCGAACCAGAUCGGUGGCAGCUGGAUUUGGAAGAUUUGUACAGGCCGACAUGGCAACUCCUUGGAAAGGCCUAUAUUCAUGGGAGGAAGUCAAGAGUGGUGGAUCUCAACCUCCUGAAGGAGGAGGUGCGGCUCUACAGCUGCACCCCUCGCAACUUCUCAGUGUCGCUGCGGGAGGAGCUGAAGCGGACAGACACCAUCUUCUGGCCACUGUGUCUCCUGGUGAAACGCUGCGGUGGAAACUGUGCCUGCUGUCAUCAGAGCUGCAAUGAGUGCCAAUGCGUACCAACAAAAGUCACCAAAAAAUACCACGAGGUUCUUCAGCUGAAGCCAAGGACCGGCGUCCGGGGAUUGCAUAAAUCACUGACAGAUGUGCCCUUGGAACACCACGAGGAGUGUGACUGUGUGUGCAAAGGGAAUACUGAAGGAUAAACGUGAUAUAAUUGUGCUGUUUUCUUUCAAAGCACAUUCAAUCAAUGGCUGAUUCUAUUAUGGGGCUUGUGCAUUAUCUCCUUCUGUAAUCUCAGUUGUUUGCUUUGGGGAUCUUCCAUCUUCAAGAUUUACAGUGAGCUCUAAAGAGAGGAGAAGCCAAACUGGGAUUACGCGUUGUGUGACAGCUCUGUUUGGAGGCCCAGUGAAAGGAUGGGAGAAAGGCAUCAAUGAGGGAUUUAAAAUGUAUGUAUUGUUUUUGUUCCCCACAAGUUUCUUGACAAUACAUGGAUUCAUAAUUUAGGAGUAAAAAUAAAGUUAGAAGGCUCACGUCAUGGAGACUUGAUCCUGCUGGCUGUGUCGUUCCUACAGCUCCAGUACAUCUGGCCUCUGGUUGAAAACACCUGAAAUCUUUCUUUCUGUGUUCAACUACUCCUAUGUACUCUAAACCGAAGCAUUCUCUGUUGUACAAACUCGGGUUAAAACAGACUGUUGUGGUCCGAGUUAAACUUAAUUUGUCUAA